GACCACUUCCAUCGCCAUCAUGUCUGGACGACCUCUGCUGCGACUGCCAUUGCGGCAGGCAGCUGGACAAAUAUCUGGUCAAGCACGAAAUUUACACCGUGUCUCUGCGCGAACGCAGCUCCGGCCACAGCACGCUCUCCGACGCACUCCGUUGCAACAUGGCCAGCAGAGACGGCAGGCCUCUUUCAUGGAGAAUGCCAGAAACCUCACACAGCAGAAUCCAAUAUCAGUGGCACUCGCAGUAGUAAUUAUCCUUGCCGGAGCUGGCAGCGUCGUGUAUGCAAACUAUCUCUAUCAGUCCUACGUUCUGGCAGCUUUCCACAAGUAUCCAGAACCGGUGGCGAAGAAGUUGCGCAGGGCAUUGUACUACACCAAUACGGACUUGCAACCGAAAGAGGCGCUCAAAUACUACAAGCAAGCUCUGCACGAGGCGGAAGAGAUUCAGAUGGACCCGUUCUCGGAUGAAAUAAUUGGCGUCAAGAUCCAGGUCGCGAAGCUGCUCGAGGACAUACAACAGUGGUCGAAAGCCAUCGAAGUGCUGGAACGUACACGAUCGAACAAUCUGGAGUGGCUCGAGCAAUUUGGACAACUCGAGCACAACAAGCAGAAGAGGACAAGCGUUCUGGCAAAGACGGUGGGCAUAUCUGUGAAGCUGGGUGAGCUGUACGGCCACCCAGCGAUCUACGAUCGAGAUGCAGCCCAGGAGAGAUUGGUCUGGGCAGCAGAGACGGUCUUGAAAGAACAGCAAAGACGUGUGAGCAACCAGGUCAAGGACGAAGAAGAAGGCGAAUGGAUGGGCAACGACCAGAUUGGCGCGGCACUAGAGGCACUCGCUCACAGCUACGAGGCCAAGAGCCAGCACUAUCUUGCAACGCCGCUCUUUCUUCAAGCUCUGAGCUUAUAUCCUACAAAGGACUGUCACACAGUGGUCCUCAUGAACAAUCUGGCUUCCUCCUUGGCGCAACAGUCCCCCGGUGCAGCACGAGCCGCACAGGCAUAUGCGACUUCACAAAACAUCUCUGAGCGACCUACAGGACCAGCCGCCUCGCGGGAGAAUAUGAUCGACAACGCCAGACGGUGGGCACAAAAGGCUCUGGACGUGGCAGCUGGAAUUGCAGCGCCUGAAAGAAAUGAAGAAUGUGACAUUGGCUGUGCUGUGGCGACCCACAACCUAGGAGAAUUUGCCGAGAUGAGCAGUGACAUUGAUCUUGCGAGAAAGAAGUACAAGGAGGCUAUCAGCCUGGCUCGGGCCGUUGGCUUCGAAGAAGGGGUCGAACAGAGCAGCGCAAGGCUGCGCGAGCUUGCGAAGGCUGGAUGAGAUGGUCUGAGCCUUCCACAAAGCAGAACAUCUGGUUGCGACUACUCUCACCACUCGCAUAUCAAGUUCAUGUGGUAGUACACAUCUUGCUGGCACGUCAGCGACAAGGACGUUCCAUGUUCGGGAAGAGCAUUGCAUCGCUCCCGUCGUUUCGACCACAUCUCUCCUCGAUGGCUUCGACAUGCUUGCCACUGCAUGCCCCGGGACCGAGUCCGCGAUGUCAUGCAUGAUGGGCUUCUAACCAAGAAACUCCCAUGCGAGUAGCGGAAAUUCUACCGACAUACGACCGCUACGCGCCAAUGCAGAGAUGUCCUGCUCGAGCACUGCAGGAGAUGCUGAAUUUCACGGUUCUUGUGCAAGUGAGCAUUUGGUAGAACGAAUGACAGUUUGAGGAAACGAAUGGUGGUGUGGAUUGGGGAAGCAGGCAUGCAGAAUGUGGGGAAUUCAGCUGGAAGUAAUUCCUACUGGAGCUUCACGACCUGCUAAGGCACGCGCCGUGUGCCGACGCUGCAGUGGACAGAGUCAAUGCCGUGAAGGAUCAGGCAUUUCCCGUACAGCAUGGAGUGGAAGGAUGUGACGAUGUGUGCGCUGAUCGCUUACAAGGACUGUGCCGCAUAGCAGGUACGAAUUGCUCAAAUCAUCGACGACCACUUGCAUUAUGAUCACAUAUUAUUGCUGUUCAACUUCCCCUUGAGGAAACCCGGACUCGCAGUUCUAUCGAACAACCUUGGCUCGGAUCCUGACCGCUGAUGUCUCAGUCUGUGAACCUAGGGCCCGCACUGCGUCUUGACGGCAGGAACUAAUAUUGCAGCACUAUUAGUGAAUCCUGAAUGCGAUCGCAUGGAUGUCAACCACACCAUCACGAUGACCAGACUGCUCAACCGCACGAUCGCACUGCUCGCCAUUCUCAUCACGGCGUUGACAACUUUGUGGCUCAGGUCCUGGGUUGCUCGUCGAUCUGAGCUUCCGCACAGAUUCAGUUUGCAAGGGAGCUCUUUUCUCUCCUCAACCUGCCGUCGGCCGGACGAUUCAGGCAGAGAGAGGUACAUAGUGGUUGGUUGACGCCCAGAAUCCGGACGGCUUCGUCCGCCAGGAACAACCGGGAAAUUUCUCCAAGCUCGCUUCGACCUGUACAUCGUAUCGUAUUUGC